GGCCGAAGCAAUAAAACUCCCAAAUUGCUCAGGUACUCACUUCAGUUUGGCUUAAGCCAGUCACAUCUGAAGCACGUGACUGAAGAUGUCUUUGAAAAUUGUGUUUUUAGUGGCUCUGGCCAUUGGCCUAGCAAGUUCCGACCCUAUUCGGAUCAAAUUGAGAAAAUCGAAGCCAGAUAAGAGGGUUCUAGAAAAGAGAAGUGCGGAUGCUGCGGAAGAAUUGUAUAAUGCAUUUAACAACCAAUACUAUGGAGACAUAUCUAUUGGGACGCCACCUCAAAACUUCACUGUUCUCUUCGAUACCGGAUCAUCGAGCUUGUGGGUUCCAUCACAUGGUUGCAAUGCUUCGGCUUGUUUAAACCAUGCAACGUACAACAAUAAAUUGUCAUCAACUUACAUUCCUAACGGGAAGAGUUUUGCAAUUUAUUAUGGGACCGGAAGUUUAAGUGGUUUUGAGUCCACCGAUACAGUCAGGAUUGCAGGUCUAAGCAUCAUCAAUCAAACCUUUGCAGAAGCGGUAAACGAGCCAGGCGACUUCUACUACUGGAUGAAAUAUGACGGUAUCUUUGGAUUGGGCUACGCUUCAAUGGCCAUCAACAAUAUCACUCCACCCCUCUACAACCUUUACAGCCAGGGACUAAUCCCCCAACCGAUGUUUGCAUUCUACAUGAAUCGCAACCAAAGCGAUGCCGACGGAGGUGAACUGGUCCUUGGAGGCUACGAUCGCAGUCACUUUGUAGGACAAAUUUUCUACAUCCCUGUAUCAGUGAAAGGGUAUUGGCAAUUCGAUAUGGAUGGUGGUAAGGCUGGAAACUACUCGUUCUGCCAGGACGGUUGCCAGGCAAUCGCUGACACUGGGUGCAGUCUCCUAGCUGGACCACAGGAUCAAGUAGAAGCUAUCAAUAAAGCUAUUGGUGCAACUGCGGACUCCGUUUGGGGCUAUGUUGUACCUUGCGACCGAAUUCCUUAUUUGCCGACUGUUACAUUUACACUUGGAGGCAAGAUGUUCCCGUUGGAAGGGAAGGACUACAUUAUUCAGAGAACUGAUAAUGGUGGAAUUGUUUGCCAAACUGGUUUCACUUUAAAUCUUUCUAGUGGUGGACCUGAGUGGACCCUUGGAGAUGUUUUCAUCGGCGCCUACUACACUGUGUUCGACAUUGAAAAUAAUCUAGUUGGCUUUGCAAAAGCGAAGUCUGACUAACCCCAUUUCACUCAAAUAUGGAGAUGAAUAUGGUUCCUGCUUUCAAUUGAAUACAGAUUGAGCACUAA